AUGGAGAAUGAGGAGCUUUUCGUAGGCGAAUCCGCGCUCGACGCACAGCAGCAAGCCAGGAACAUCCGUCGCACGGCAGAUGGGUCCAAGCAAACUCCCCUGCAGGUUCACGCCGAACCGCUGCUGGCCGGCGAUGACUUUGACGAUGGACCACCGCAUUAUGAGGAAGACCCGCGCGAUAUUGAAGCCCGACCGCGAUGGAGGAGACCGUCCAUCUGGUGGCUAUUGCCUUUCGGCAUGCUAUUCACGUUGGGCUUUGGAGGACUCGCGGUACCCAGGAUUAACUUGAUUAUGUCUCUAAUUUGUCGCGAUUAUUUCUCGGAGAGGAUGGCCAAAGACCCUAACUUCACUGUGCUUCCCAUUGUUUUUGGAGAUGACAACGCCCAGUGCCAAAUCCCUGAAAUUUCGUCUCUCGUCGCCCAGUGUCAGCUUUACCUCAAUCUUGUCACCGGAAUCAUUUCAGCGCUGGUCAGUCCUCGAUUAGGCCAUAUGUCAGAUCGUUAUGGCAGGACCAAAAUUAUCGCGAUGGGCGCGAUGGGCGCAGUGCUCAAUGAGAUGAUCACCGUGAUCGUCGCUUCGCGACCGGAGUCCUUGUCCGUCAAUUUGCUCUUCAUUGGAGCCGUGAUGGAUGGACUCGGCGGUUCAUUCACCACGGCGCAAGCUCUAAUUCAUUCCUAUGCCACGGAUUGUACCCCUCCCGACAGGCGAAGUGUGGCAUUUGGCCUUUUCCACGGAACUUUGUUCCUUGGCAUCGCUGCUGGACCCAGUGGUGCUGCAUACCUGAUCAAGCAGACUGGAACUGCUCUACCGGUCUUCUACAUCGGCCUGGCAUGCCAUAUCAUCUUUGUGCUGUCUGUCUUUUUCGUCGUUCCCGAGUCUCUUUCGAAGGAGCGGCAGCUCGCAGCUCGUGAAAAGCACUACACGAAGCUGGCAGACUCUGAAGAUGUCAAGUGGUAUUCGUGGAAGGCCCUUAACCCGAUGAAGCUGAUCACUCCGCUCGCGAUCCUUCUACCCGCUGUUGGUCGACCGAGUGUGUUGUUCUCUAACCGCCGGGGUGCCAGUCCUGCUCUUCGACGAAACAUUGUUCUCCUGGCUGCUAUGGAUACGGCCUGCUUCGGCAUUGCCAUGGGCACUGCACAGUUGAUCAUCAUCUAUGCUGCUUACAUGUUCAACUGGGGUAAUGUGGAAUCAAGUCUGUUCGUGUCCAUUAUCAAUGUGAUCCGUGUAAUCAACUUGUUUGUGGUUCUCCCCAUUGUCGCACGCUUCUUCCGUACCCCGACUCCCAACGAUGGGACAAUCCGCGGAUCUGACAUGCUGGACAUUGUCAUCAUCCGUCUGUCCAUUGUCUUCGAUGUUUUAGGCUAUGUCGGCUAUGCCUUGUCGAAGCACCCGUCGAUGAUGGUGCUUUCCGGGAUUGUCGCCUCACUAGGAGGAAUGGGCUCGCCAACCUUACAGUCGUCCCUUACCAAACAUGUACCACAAGAGCGCAUCGGCCAGUUGCUUGGUGCUACAGGCCUCUUGCACGCACUUGCACGAGUUGUCGCGCCGACGGUCCUCAACUUGAUCUACAGUCUGACUGUCGCUACAUACCCUCAGACGGUAUUCAUUUGUCUAGCAGCACUUUUUGGUUUGACUCUCUUGAUGAGUUUCCUGAUCCGGCCUCAUGUCACUGUUGAGGACGAGGCUGCUUCUGAUAUCGUGGUUGAAGCGAACGAAGAUGGAGAAGAUGAACACGACCGGCUCCUCUCACGAUAA